AUGGCCCGGAAAUUGAGCAUUGAGCAACUUGAGGACCAGUUGAUAUGCCCCAUUUGCUUAGAGUUCUUCAAAGAGCCCUUGAUGCUACAGUGUGGACACUCUUACUGCAAAUCCUGUGUAGUAGCUCUCUCAGGUGAUCUGGAGAAGCAGAUCCUUUGCCCAGUAUGCCGAAAGGCUGUGGACUAUAGCAGAUCACCACCCAAUGUCAACUUGGCUCGCAUCAUUGAGGCCAUUCAUACCAUAGGCAACUCACAAGAUAACCAAAAGUCUUGCCCUGACCACCACAAUCCCCUCAGCCUUUUCUGUGAGCAAGACCAGGAAGUGAUUUGUGGCCUCUGUGGCACCAUUGGCACCCAUCAGCAGCAUAAAGUCAUGCCCAUCUCCACUGUCUACAGCAGGAUGAAGGAGGAACUCUCCAUGUUGAUAACAGAUGUGCAACAGCAGAAGAGAAGCCUUGAUGAACAUGUCAACAAAUUGAUGAAUAACAAAACUCGCAUCACGAAUGAAUCUGAUGUCUUCAAGUGGGUAGUCAGAAAGCAGUUCCAGGAUCUGCAUAGAUACAUCGAUGAAGAGAAGGCCAGAUUCCUGGGGCAGAUAGAAAGGAAAACAACCCGUAUCAUUGCCUCUAUUGAGGUUCAGGUGAGGCAGAGAGCAGACACCCUUCAGAAGCUAAAGGAGCUAGAGAGCUCCCUGGAGAAAUUCAACAAUGAAGACCAGCUGGAUUUUAUACAGAAAUAUGGAUCUCUUCCCUCCAGGUCUGAACUUCCCUAUCAGCACCCAGCUGAAGGCAUGUACAGUGCGGUUUGUUUCAAGCCUGACUUCCACCAAGAGGAUGUAAAGAUGAUGGUAUGGAAGCGUCUGCUCCGUAAAGUCCUUCCAGCUCCAGAAACACUGAAGCUGGACCCAGCGAGUGCUCACCCAAUGCUCGAGCUGUCCAAGGAGAAUACCAUGGUGAAAUAUGGCCUGUUCUUCCAACGGCGAGAUAGCAAUCCUGACCGCUUUGACUACAGCAACUGUAUCCUGGCUAAUAAGGGCUUCUCCUGGGGAAAGCAUUACUGGGAGAUUAUUGUGGGCUCCAAGAGUCACUGGCGCCUGGGCAUCGUCAAGGGCACAGUCAACCGCAAAGGCAAACUGAAUAAGAGUCCAGAAAAUGGGGUGUGGCUCAUUGGCUUAAAAGAGGGCAAAGUAUAUGAGGCCUUCAAUACCAGCAGAUUGGUUUUGCCGAUUUCAGCCCGACCCCAACGAAUUGGGGUCUAUCUGCACUAUGAGAAGGGAGAACUGACCUUCUACAACGCUGACAGCCCAGAUGAGCUGAUACCAAUCUAUACUUUCCAAGCAGAAUUCCAAGGCAAGCUAUAUCCCAUUUUGGACAUGUGUUGGCAUGAGCGGGGUAUCCAUAACAACUUACCCAUUAUAAUACCCACUCCCAAAAUGCUGCAGCCUGAGGAUGACUGCACCAAUACUGAUGAGCCCACCAAGUUAUAA